GACAGUUCGAGUAGUCGUGCAGGUAGGGUGAUUAGAUACCAAAACAAGCGUGCAGACAGUAUUACUUCGUGACAGAAAGAUAACCUGAUCCACAAAUACCACCGAAUUGCAAUACACCCUAAAUUCCCGUGGAUCGUGGAAAAUUCGAGAGAACUUUGAUAGAAUUAGAUGCGAAGUGUGCAAGGAACACAGUUGCCAUUUCCCACAACCAUACACGAUUGCUUAACAGAGGACUGCAAUAUCUGAAUGCAAAAGAUAUUGCAAACACGUGGACUAUCGGCUAUCGGAAUUCUUUGCCGUGCUGUUACUAGGACAAUCUGGAGGACUAGUGGUUGUUCAUGAGCGCUCUGUAUAUCAAGUAAAGGGAACUUCGUGACAUCGAUUUAGGUAACGAUGGAUCACCUAGACCGACUAAGAUUCAUGGUAAAGAGGUCUUCUGUACCAGUUGUGACUCCAAAUGACACUGCUUCGUGCAACUCAACAGAGAAUGAGACAUGUGGGGUUACUCCUGCGUCGGACAACGAUGAUCCAUUCCAAGCUACAAUCUUAUUCAUCCAUAUAAUACUGCCACCAAUCAUCAUAGUUGUGGGAAUCAUUGGUAAUGUGCUGUCUUUCCUUAUUCUCAGGAAGCCGAAAUAUGCUGACCAAUCGACUUGUUUUUACAUGAGAAUCUUGGCAAUCUCCGACACCACAGAGUUACUGUUUCUGAACUUACAACGUUACAUGUGGUGGCUUUUCACACACUUCUUCCUGGAGAAUGGGCAUUGGUUCUGCAAGGAAUACAUGUAUUUCUUUCACGUGACUCUAACUAAUUCGCACUGGAUUUUAGUCCUGAUGACGAUCGAUCGCUUUAUUGCCGUCGUCUUUCCAUUCAGGAGUCUUACGAUGUGCACCACAGUCCGCGCGAAGAAGGCCUUGGCGGCACUGGUCAUGAUCUCACUCACAGUGAACUGUCAGUGGUUUCUGAGUGUCUACAACCCAGAUUCUCUGGUCUUAAAGGAGAAGUGCGCACUACCUAACCCAAAUCACGAACAAAUCUCACAGACUGUGGUCCUCAGUGUCGUGUUUUUUGUUCCUCUGUUGAUUGUCAUUUGCUUGAAUGUUUCAAUUGUUGCAACUGUAAUAUUGCAUCGUCGGCAUAAAAGGAAGUUAAGUCUCGGCCACGCCGCAAGUGAAACAGGAAGUGAUGUCACUUUGCAUUCGUUGGGGUCAGGGUUAGCAAAGGAGGGACAGAUAACCGCCAUGUUGUUGUUAGUUUCCGGUAUUUUUAUCAUUGCCCUGGCUCCAUACUCGCUUGACUAUUUCAUAUGGAACCAUGACACCACUUUGCAGCGUCUGGUUGAGACGGACCCGGACGUUAAGAAACUUCGUGGGUUUUUAUAUGAAAUCUCCGCCACGCUUAUGACUUUGAACCCGGGCAUAAACUUUUACAUGUACAUGUUGAGCUGUCAUAAAUUUCGGGAGGAUCUGAAGUUAUUAUUCAUUGGAUUUUCAUGUGGCAGUGAAAACAGUACUGGUAGACAAUCCCCUAUUCAAGGAAGUAAAGGCAACCAGAAUUCAGUAACGCCAUAAAGAACUAAAGUGAACAGCUUUUUCCUAGGACGGUAGACGGAA